AUUUACAAGUAGUAGAGACUUAUAUGAGACACAGAUCAAUUAUAGUUGAAGAUUAACUGUUUAAAGGGCAACUGCCAAACUUCUGCUUAGCUCUUCCCAUUGUCCAUUUGUGUCCUUUAGGAGUGGAUCAACAGUCUCCAUCCUUAGAUCAUCACGUCUGGCUGCUAGGACAUGGACUACAGACUACUUGCACUCCUACUGCUCUGCCACUUUAGACAUGGAUGGACAGAUGAAGAGGUGAGAGAAGAUGGGAAGAUCCCCAUAGUGCCACUUAUUCCACUGAUGCCCAGUAAGCCAAUAGAGGAUUUAGGGACGCCACCGACUCCAGGGCCCUCGUCUGAUCCCCUGUCCAUUGGGACAACGGACAGCACAGAGCCGGGCACAGUUGCCCGAGAGGGGACAUCUGAGGAGGAGACGGAUGGCCUCUGUGCCGAGCUCUCCAGUUCAGAGCUCAAGGAGGCCAUAGGAAGCGGGGUCAUGAAGCUCGGCCUGAAGCUCUUGGAGAAGCUGCCAACAGGGCCUGAGCAGCCCAACGUGAUCAUCUCGCCUCUCAGUCUCUCCCUGGCUCUUUCCCAAUUGGCCCUGGGAGCUGUAAAUGAAACUGAGCAGCUGCUACUGGAACAUUUGCAUGCAGACGCACUGCCCUGCUACCACAAGGGGCUACGUAGCGUCCUAUACCAUCUCCAGAAGAGCAACAUUCAGAUUGCCACCCGCAUGUACACUCAAGAAGGAUUUGAGCCCAAAAAGGAAUUUGCCCAAAUGUCCCAGGAAAUGUAUGGCUCCGAGCCAGAAGUGUUGGCUGGGAUAAAGGAGGUUAAUGAGUGGGUAGAAAAAGCCACCAGUGGUCAGGUGACGGACUUCCUUGCCAGCCUCCCAGCUAAUCUGGUGCUUAUGCUCAUUAACGCUGUGCAUUACAAAGGAAAGUGGCAGACACGUUUUGAUCCCAGACAUACCUCCAGCGAUCUUUUCUAUAUUGACAACAAGCAUAUUGUGAAUGUAGAAAUGAUGGUUGAACCCAAAUAUCCCCUGAGACUUUUCAUUCAUAAUGAACUUGAUGCACAGGUUGCUCGUCUCCCAUUUAAGGACCAAAUGAGCCUUCUAAUAGUGUUGCCCAUGUCAGGACAGGUGAACAUGACCGACAUUGCAGCAAAUUUUAAUACUUCAGACCUUUACGCCCGUUUUCCAAAGGAGAGGAGCAUGCUGGUCCGACUUCCUAAAUUUAAGCUGGAGUACGGUCAAGAGCUAGAGGAGGCCUUGACCAACAUAGGUUUGGGAGAGCUGUUUACUAGUCCAAAUCUCGCUGGCAUCUCCGACAGUCCUCUGGUGGUGUCUAGUGUCCAGCACAAAACAAGCAUGGAGAUCACAGAAGAAGGAGCUGAGGCUGCAGCUGCAACCAGUGUCUCCAUCUCACGCUCUAACCCCUCCUUCAGCGUUAACCAGCCAUUCUUCUUUGCCCUCGUGGACGACCAGACGUUAACACCCGUCUUCCUCGGAGUUGUCACCAACCCAAAUCCUGAGUCUCCCUCCAUGGUUUCGGUAUCAGGACAUCCAGAUAAAAUGGGUUUCCCUGCCAUAAAGGACAAAAUUUAUGCUGGUCACCCUCCUAAGUAAGAAGACUACUGUUUCAAGUUUAAAGGGAUUUUAGACUGACCACCAGAUCAACACGGAUGGACAAAUCCAUUACUAUUUUCAAAUCCAUGCCAAUUCCUCCCUUCUUAAAAAAGCAGAUAUGGAGACGCUGAAUGGAUUUACUAUCUGCAAAAACAUCAACUUUAUAUUAUUUUCAGUUUGUAACACACAGAAUGUCCCUCUUGCCUUGAAUUUAAUUUGUGAUUAAAGUUCUGUAAAGUGCUGGCUUCAGAUUGAUGAAAGGUAACUUUUAAUACAUUUCAAACUUUGUUUUCUGUUCAGCCUGUAAGUAAAUAACAAUUGAAAACACUGAAGUAAUAAACAUUCCUUUGACAUUA